AUGAAUUCUGAAAUCUACAGCAGUUUUAUUCAAAAUAUUCAACCUAUUCUACUGCUUCUUGAGAAAAAUGCAUUUUUCGUUAACUUUGUCCUGGCUUGCAUCUCUUUUAUUGUCAACUUAUUCCAUUUUGCAAUAAUUACCAGGAAAUCGAUGAGAAUCUCUUCAAUAAAUAUUUUAAUGAUUGGUGUGACUACAUGCGAUAUUUGUGGUAUGAUGACAACGAUGUAUCGAUAUCUUGAACUAACAGAUUUGAAAUAUCCAGAAUGUGUAACUUCGGAAUCUUAUGUCAGAGCGUAUCUAGGCUACACAUCUUGGUCUUUUCAAAAAUAUUUCAGACGAUGUAAUUCUUGGCUGGAAAUCUUGAUUGCGAGUGUACGCCUGAUAAUUAUCAGAAGAGUUUCUAGCAAGUCCAUCGCCGCCACCCCGAAAAUGGGAUACAUUUUGAUGUCAGUGGUGUUUUCAAUAAGUUUUAUUAUACAAGCAGCAUGGCAAUAUGGGGCUGAAGUUGUUGAGAGUCCAAGAAUGAAUUUUCACAAAAAUUGCGCCGAAUAUCAAGACCUCAAUAAUUUACCAAAAUUCAAAUUAGACUUCCGUCAAUUUUCGGGAAAUUAUCCAAUUUUGAUUAUUCAAGUAUACAUUACUUUAGAUGUGAUUGUUUCGCAAUUUCUUCCAAGUGUAACUUUCCCGAUUCUAACAUCGUUUCUUUUUCAUGAACUCCGAAAACUCAAUAAAACAAGGAGCGCUUUAAAUGGGGUUGGAGAAGAUCGUGAAGAAAAAUUUGGGCUCUCGACAAAACUUAUAACUUUGCUAACAAUUACAUCCUUCUUGUCGGAAGCUCCAAUUGGAUGCAUUUUGAUGGCAAAAGUAUUUUUGCAACAUAAAACUGCAUUAAUACGAUUUCUGACAGAUCUUAUGAUCUACUUUACUAUUUUCUCAACUUCCGUGUCGAUUUUCCGCCCAAUUAUGUGUUUUUUGAUGUCUAGCCGAUACCGCAGUACUGCACGAAAAUUAUUCGCAUUAAAAACAAGAGAGUCAACAAUUCGUCUGAGAACUACAUCCGUGUCAUUCCGAAAUAAACAUAACAUUUCAGUUUCAAUUUGGUUUUUGGAAAAUGAGUGUGACUAA